GGAGCAAUUGCUCCAUGAACAAACACUGGGUCAAUAAUCAAAGGGGAGUUUACAUAAAACUAUUCUUGGUACAACAACCGGUUAAAAAAAAAAAAAAAAGCUCUUUGAAAACAAUCAAUAAUGAGUAAACGUAAUCCGCACAUAAUAGGAUACUAUUUUCAGUAGGAAAUUGGUCAGGACACGGAACGGAUUAUGUGGUCGGAGUUUUUGUAAAAUUGUACCGCCCCAGUACGUUUUCAAAAUGACGAUGUUGUUGUCUUUGCUCACAUUUUUGAGUCUGCACUUUGCUUCUGUCAUCACGGUGACAUCUUCCCUUGCACAAGGACCCCUUGAAGGAGGAGGCCUACCAUCGCAACGAAGCACAGAGAAUAUUGUGCCGUCUCCAGUUAUUGAGGAUCAAGUACACGAUGGACAGAUUCUUCGCUAUAACUUCUCAUUUAACGAUGUUGGAGCGUCAAAGGGUAUUCGUGUGACUGCCAGUAGCAAGCAAGCAACUUUGAAUUAUCCUGUGCUUUUUGUCGUCAGACAGCAAAAGAGUGUGCUUUCCUGGUCUGUGCCAUAUGUCAUACAGUCCACGUACACCUACCAGGAGGUUAGUCACACGUUGUGUCCAGAGAACGGUUUCACCAGCAGCCCAACGCAGAAUGUUACCGUUGAAGUCGCAACAUCGUCAACUGAGAGUGUGGACUUCGUUCUCUUAGUAGAAAGCAUUGACAAAUUCAAUCUCAGGACAAAUGAACCAAAGACUUUCACGGUUAGCCCAUCCAAACCAGAGUACUAUACGUAUAGUUUCUCUCAAGGUGUUGAGUCUAUGAUCGUCAAAGCUACAUCGUCUUCAGAUAUUUGCACAGUGGUAUCAGUUCAACCUGCACAGUGCCCAGUUUAUGACCAGCAUGGCAAUGUGGAAUUUGUGGGCCAAUAUCAAACUAUCACAAAGCAAGCAGCUAUCACAGUACAGAGGAGUUACUACCCUGAUGGCAAUUUUUUUGUGGUUGUCGUCGUUCAGCCUACAGAUAGCGACUGUUCUGGAAACGCUGUACCUUAUGUCCCAUUAAUAAAUAUGACCUCAAGAAGUCUGACGGAGAAGAACACAAAUCGGAGUAAAACCAUUACCAUCACAGUCACUGAAACACUUCCAUCAACGGAAUACUGGAGGCCUAUUUUAGCAACAAUUGGUGUGCUCCUGACUUUCUAUGUUGUCACUGGUAUCUUAAUGUGUGUGUUCCAUAAGUCAGAUAGUGGAAGUGAUGGAAGAUUAGAAGAACAAGUCCCUAUACUUCCUGUAGAUGAAGAUGGCUGCAAUAAUAUGCCUUUUGCGGCUUCAACAGACGCAUCAACAAAUUAUGGGACAGCUGCAGGUAAGGCAGAUCAGGCGGGGUCAAGUGACGCACACCGCAGAAUGCAACAACUACCGGAGAACGGAUAUGAUUCUAAUGAAGAUGAUAUUGAUAUGCUAGAUGACAUACAUGAAGAAAAAGAAAUAUAUAGGACUAAGAUGGGAAUUUGUGUAGCUGAUCUAUCCCGCAAGAAAGUAAAGACCCUAGAUCGUAAAUACAAGCUUUAUUACUGGAACCUUGUUACGAUUGCCGUGUUCUAUGCUCUUCCAGUUGUGCAACUUGUCAUAACGUAUCAAGCAGUGUUGAAUAAGUCUGGUGAUGAAGACCUCUGUUACUAUAACUUCCUGUGUGCCAUGCCAGGUGGAUUACUAAGUGCCUUCAACAAUGUGUUUAGUAACAUUGGUUAUGUAAUGUUGGGAUUCCUGUAUCUAUUGAUCGUGUGGAGGAAACAUCAUCUACACAAGAAGGCAGUGGCAGCAGACUACCACCAUGCCAAGAUGUGUGGUAUACCCAAGCAUUUUGGCUUGUUUUAUUCCUUGGGUAUUGCGCUAGUUAUGGAAGGUGUACUGAGUGGAAGUUAUCACGUCUGCCCAAACUAUUCCAACUUUCAGUUUGAUACGGCCUUCAUGUACAUCAUAGCAGGUCUAGGGAUGUUAGUGUUGUACCAGCAGAGACAUCCUGAUAUCAAUGCCAAUGCAUAUGCAGCAUUUGCAACCUUUGCUUCGGUCAUCUUUAUUGCUCUAAUGGGGGUGAUAUUUGUCUCAGUGUACUUCUAUGUACUGUUCGCUGUGGUUCACAUCUUGACAUGCUUGGCUGUUAGUGCUCAGAUCUACUACAUGGGAACAUGGAAACUAGAUUUUGGAAUCUUCAAGAGAGUUCUUUUCAUAUUGAGAACCGAAUGCAGUAAAAGUGCUAAACCACUGUAUCUUGAUCGAAUGAUUGUUCUCAUCACAGGGAAUGCUGUAAACUGGUCUAUAAUGAUCUAUGGUCUUGCCAAGAUGCCCAGAGAUUUCAACUCCUUUUUGUUGGCCAUUUUUCUUGUCAAUCUCCUUUUGUACCUGGCUUUCUACAUCAUAAUGAAGGUGCGAAGUGGAGAGAAGUUAACAGCAGUGGUGAUAGUAAUAAUUGUAGUCACCCUAGUGGUAUGGGGAUUUGCUCUGUACUUCUAUUCCAUGAGCCUUACAGGAUGGGAGAAAACUGCUGCUGCAUCUCGUGAGAGCAACGCUGCAUGUCUGUUAUUCGACUUCUACGAUGGUCAUGAUAUUUGGCAUUUUCUUUCUUCUGGAGCACUCUUCUUUUCAUUCCUGUUGUUGCUGGUGAUGGACAACGAUCUGGAUGGGAAAGAUAGAACCAAGAUUGCUGUAUUUUAAUCUGAAUGAAGAGGAGACAAAGACAAAAUCCAACAUCUUCAGUGCAAAGGGUGUCAUGGCCGAGCCGUUUAGAGCAUCGAAUUAAAAGUUCUGGUGGUUCAAGUCUUCGGAGUGUGGGUUCGGGUCCCGGACGUGAUACUUGUGUCGUUGAGCAAGAUACUUAUCUCUUAUAAUCCAUCAUCUUCAGUACAUUCUUACAACAGAAAACUACUCAGGCUCCGGGGUGGAUUGUACAAAGAGUUAAGACUCGUCUUAUCUCAAGUUAGGACGAGUUACUCAUCCCAACUUAGGACU